GAAUUGUUUCAGUCUUUGUGCCGCCGCCAUCUUGAUCAGAAUCGGUUUCAUCAUCAUCUGACCACACUGAUUUCCAUUGAACACACACGAGUACAGAGCGACGAUGGCCACUGCACCCUACAACUACUCCUACAUCUUCAAAUACAUCAUCAUCGGUGAUAUGGGUGUAGGGAAGUCCUGUUUGCUUCAUCAGUUCACAGAAAAGAAGUUCAUGGCGGACUGCCCACACACGAUUGGCGUGGAGUUUGGCACUAGAAUAAUCGAGGUGAGCGGACAGAAGGUCAAGUUGCAGAUCUGGGACACGGCGGGACAGGAGCGAUUCAGAGCGGUCACACGCAGCUACUACAGAGGAGCCGCAGGAGCGCUGAUGGUGUAUGACAUCACCAGGAGAAGCACAUACAAUCACCUGAGCAGCUGGCUGACCGACGCCAGGAACCUCACCAACCCCAAUACUGUGAUCAUACUGAUAGGAAACAAAGCAGAUCUUGAAGCACAGCGAGACGUGACGUAUGAAGAAGCAAAACAGUUUGCUGAAGAGAACGGUCUGUUGUUCCUGGAGGCCAGCGCAAAAACAGGUGAGAACGUAGAGGACGCGUUUCUGGAAGCAGCAAAGAAGAUCUACCAGAACAUACAGGAUGGCAGUUUGGAUCUGAACGCGGCUGAAUCGGGCGUGCAGCACAAACCAUCAGCGCCGCAGGGUGGGCGGCUCACCAGUGAACCACAGCCGCAGAGAGAGGGGUGUGGUUGUUAAUGACCAACAUCCUCCACCUGCCCACAAAACCAUCCGGCCUCCUCUACAGAACCUUCAUCACUCUCAAACGCCCACAGUCACCCGUCUCCGAGGCCACUUGGGUGUGGGCCACAGAUGGGAGGGGUCACGGGUCAGGCAGGGAAACUCCUCUUCAUCUGUCCAUGUUCAUUUCUCAUUCUCCUGGUCAUUUUCUUAAUUUCCCAUCAUCAUUAACCGCCACUCAUUGACUCAUCACGCAACAGGAAUCUGUGAGACUGCUGACAACCACACAGGUUAUUUUUUAUUGGUUCAUUUUAUAUCUCAAUAACGUAACAUUUGUUCUUCUGUAAAACUGAGAAAUGAGACUUGUACAGGAAGAAGCAGAAAGUGGCUGACAAUAAUCAGAAAUGAUAUUGCUGCUGCUGCAUGAGUUUGAUAGCGGCUGCUCGGCACAGGUGAUGCGAUUAUGUUUUCAUCACACAUUUUAUAAUCAUUUUGAGACUAACUUCAUUCCAUAGUAGUGCGAUCAGCCGUGCUGCAGAUGACUGAAGCUCAGAGAACAUUUAAAGGCCUUCAGGGCUCAAAAUAAUGUGUUUAUGAAAUCUGUGCCGAUUCCAAUGAUUUCGAUCGCAGAUUAACAGCAGCAUUCUCUCAUUGGGGUGAAGACGCAAACACGGGUGUAUGUAAAGUUGGUUUGUGUUGGACACAUUUCUGAAUCAAAGACACUUUAAGAAAAGAUGUUUCCUGCUUUUUAUAAAUGAUACUUUUGACUCUUAUUUUAUUCUUAUGCUUUGAUCAAAUCAAUAGAUGUUUGUUUGUCCUUAACAUUAUUUUAUUUUAAUGUUGCCUUAUUAUAAUUCAUGUUAAUAUUAUUACUAUCAUGGUUUAAUAUGUUACUGUGCUAGCUCAACAUACAGUUUUGACUCGAGUGGUUUUACAACACUGCUACUUUUAUUGUUCAGAUCAUGUGACAGAAACAGCUCCAGUUGUAUAGGCUGUACUUUCUCCAAAAUGGUGAGUAUUUGGGGGACUUUUAAUUCAGUUUAUGUACCACAUGACAUCAAAUCUAAUUGAGCUGCUGUAUAUAGGGCUAUAUCUGUUGAUGAUGAUGCUGAAACCGCACUGACUCUUCGCUCGGACCGAUGAUGUGAUAUUCUGUGAGAUGCCACUCUUGUUUGGGAAAAGCUGUAACGUGUUUCCAAGUAUCAAUAUUACAGUAUGUACCUCACAAACUCUCUGAGGUGCACUUUUCCUCAGCUAAAGAGACUUUUGGCAUAUGUUAGAAUUCUUCCACAGAAUGUUUUAUCAUCUUAUGAUCAUUUGAGGAUCUUGGUGGAUUAGCCUCUUGAACUGUCUCGGCAUCUCUUUACUAUCUGAAUGAGUAAAAACAGUACAUAUGUAUAACAUUUGAAGGAGCUGUACUAACAUUUAAAGUCUGUUAUUCUGUGUAUAUGAUUAAAAAAUGUUGACAUUUUGAUUUUAAUUAUGACAAUAAAAACGCUGCAGACAGA